GCGGGGGCGGCCGGGGCAACUGGCAAAGCGGAGGGACGGAGCUGGGGUGGCCCGGGCCCUGUUGUCCCCGCCGGACUUGUGCGUGGGCGCCGCAGCCGUGGUAGCCGUGCCUGAAGCAGGCGGCAGCCAUCGCAGCUCGGCGCCCCCGUGCGCCCCUCCGAGGACGGAGGGGUGGGGGCAGAGGAGGAGGCGGAGGAAGCGGCGGCGGCGCCAGGAACAGGGAGGCGGCGGCACGGCGAGGGAGGGAGCCGGGCCGGGCCCCGCAAGAGCAAACAGCAGCGCCAGCUCCUCCUCCUCCCCCCCCUCCUCCUCCGGUGAGUUCUGCUCCGGCGCCCCGGGAGGCUGCUCGCCGCCGAGCCUGGAUGACGGCGCAGUUCUGGCCGCGCUGCCGAGAGGCCCGCGCCGGGAGCGGGACACCGCGGCCUCCGCUGGGAAAUGGCUCUUCAAGUUAAAUGAGGCUGUAUAAAACACAUAAAUGAAGCAGAAGCUGCUCAGCAUGUGUUAGCGCUGUAUCACCACAAGCACUGCUGAUCAGCCAGACUUGGUAACUUGUCAUAAUGAAGAAAAUUAGUCUCAAAACAAUUCGCAAGUCCUUCAACUUAAAUAAAAGUAAAGAUGAAAGCGACUUUGUAGUGGUUCAGCAGCCAUCGUUAAGUGAAUUUGGAAAAGAUGACUCCUUGUUUGGCAGCUGCUACGGUAAAGAUUUGGCUAGCUGUGAAGUCAAUAGUGAAGAUGAAAAAGGAGGCAAAAAUAGAUCAAAAAGUGAAAGUUUAAUGGGUACGUUAAAAAGGAGGCUUUCAGCAAAACAAAAACAGAAAGGCAAAGGCAGCACACCAUCUGUAAGCUCUGCAGAUGAUGACACGUUUUCUUCCUCAUCUGCUCCAAUAACCUUCAAAGAUGUGCGAACUCAGAGACCUCUGAGAUCCACUUCCCUCCGUAAUCAUCAUUACAGCCCAACUCCAUGGCCCCUUCGACCUACAAAUUCAGAAGAGACUUGCAUCAAAAUGGAAGUGAAAGUCAAGGCCUUGGUCCAUUCCUCUAAUCCAAGCCCAGCACUGAAUGGUGUUCGAAAAGACUUCCAUGACUUGCAGUCAGACAGCACGUUCCAGGAACAAAACAACAUGUUAAAAAAUACCGAGUCUCAAAACGGGGACUUGCAUCUUCAUAUUGAUGAACAUGUGCCUGUAGUUAUUGGAUUAAUGCCUCAGGACUACAUUCAGUAUACUGUGCCUUUAGAUGAGGGAAUGUAUCCUUUGGAAGGAUCACGAAGUUAUUGUCUGGAUAGUUCCUCACCCAUGGAAGUUUCAACUGUCUCUUCUCAAGUGGGGGGAAAUGUUUUCCAUGAAGAAGAGAGCCAAGUGGAUCAGGAUGUAGUUGUUGCACCAGAUAUCUUUGUGGACCAGACAGUGAAUGGUUUGUUGAUUGGUACCACAGGAGUCAUGUUACAGAGCCCAAGAGUUAAUCACAGUGAUGUCCCUCCACUCUCACCUUUGCUACCUCCAAUGCAGAAUAAUCAAAUCCAAAGGAACUUCAAUGGAUUGAAUGGCACCGAUGCCCAUGUGGCUGAAAGUAUGCGCUGCCAUUUGAAUUUUGAUCCUAACACUGCCCCUGGAGUUGGAAGAGUUUAUGAUUCUGUACAGAACAGUGGUCCUAUGGUUGUGACAAGUCUCACAGAAGAACUGAAAAAACUUGCAAAACAAGGAUGGUACUGGGGCCCAAUUACACGUUGGGAGGCAGAGGGAAAAUUAGCUAAUGUGCCUGAUGGCUCGUUUCUUGUUCGAGAUAGUUCUGAUGAUCGUUAUCUUUUAAGUUUGAGUUUUCGUUCACAUGGAAAAACUCUUCACACUAGAAUUGAGCACUCAAAUGGUAGGUUUAGCUUUUAUGAACAACCAGAUGUGGAGGGACAUACAUCUAUAGUUGACCUAAUUGAACAUUCAAUCAGGGACUCAGAAAAUGGAGCUUUCUGUUAUUCGAGGUCGCGACUGCCUGGAUCUGCAACUUACCCAGUGAGACUGACAAAUCCCGUAUCUCGGUUUAUGCAGGUGCGCUCUUUACAAUACCUAUGUCGUUUUGUAAUACGUCAGUACACCAGAAUAGACCUGAUUCAGAAACUGCCUUUGCCAAACAAAAUGAAGGAUUAUUUACAGGAAAAGCACUACUGAAAGCUUGUGGGAAUCUUGCAUCUUGCACUUUGGGAACGACAAGAACAAAAAGAGAUUGAAUUACAGUUUACAGACUUUCACUAUUAUCAAAAUAUUUUGCUGCCAUAAAAAUGUUUCGUUUUUGUGUGUAAAAGAAACAUAAUGCAUUUGGAUUUAUGUUUGUUUUAGGGUUUUUGUGUAUGUUGAGGGGCUUUCUUUUUUUUUUUUUUUGAAAGAGUGAUCUCAAGUUUAUUUUCAGAAGUGUGAAAUAGCUAUCUUUCAUCAAUGUGCAGAUUAAUCACAAUGUGAAUGAUCAAAUUCUCCUUAAUUUCCCCCAAGUCCUUUGCUGCUAUCCACUGUGAUUUUUAUGCAUUGAAAGCACAUAUCAUGUGUAUUCAACCAUAAGUAAAGUCAAAUAAAACUUGUUGAAUGGAAUUUUUUUCCCUUUAAAAUAGCCUGUUUGAAGAAAAUGAUCAUGGAUAAAAGUUGGUAUUCUAAAUUGCAGAAUUUACAUCUAUGUUAAAAACUAUUUCUUAGUAUCCUAAUUAUAAAUUUCUAUAGAGAUAUGCCCUAAUGUAGAACUUAUAGACAGAGCUGUGUUAUAAGAACAUGGUUAUGCAGCAUAUCUUUGGGAAAAAGAACGACCUUUCUCCUAAGCCUUGUAUUGUCUGUACACUUUUUUGUGUUUGAGAAGGUUGGUUGAGCCUUCUUCUUGUCUCAGUAUUUUUUCUUUCUGAAAAUGGCCUUUAAAAAAAGAAGUCUAUGAAAGUCAAUGUGUAGUACAUGUACAGAAAUUGCGGUGUUGGGGUCUUGUCAAAUAUUACCUUUUAAAAAUCAUGCCAUUGGUUAAAUAAAUUAACACCUACCAGGUCUCCUUUUUCUGUCCUUUUCCCUCCUACCUUGUCUUGGGGGCAGGGUGGGAAUUUUCCUGGGUUUUUAGGAAGACUCUUGGAAUUGUUAUUACGGGAACAUAAUAUAUAAGCCAUUUUAGGAAUGGGGUAAAACUUUUACUAGUAUGAUUUCUAUAAUAUACAUUCAAGCUACUUGAAAUGUUACUACUUUCUGCAUUUUUUUUCACUUCAGAAAUGCAGUAAUCACUAAUGUCCUUUGGGUAAUUUUCCCCCUUUUUUUUUUUUGGAUAUCCUUUGGGGAGGAAGGAACAGGACUGAUAACAUUUUGGAUGGAAGAUGCUUAAAAUCCGUUUCUAAAGCUUUGUUCUCAUAGCUUUUCAAAUUAUGGGGAAAAGGGAUUUGGAUGUACACUGACCACAGAAAAUGUUUCCGUUUAGUGUCAUAAAAAAUGUUUUGACAUGUGAUAUAUUGAAUCAAUUACAAAAAUGUUUAUGAUACCUGUCAAAGAUUCUGGCAUUUGAAGAACUUACAGUUAUUCUAGCUUUCUGUAGGAAAAAAAAAAAGACUUUCAGGGGGGAGUACAGGUUCUACACUGUAAUAUUUUGAUCAUGCAAGGUUAAUCCAUGGCAUUUUCCUGUUUUCAGGGUUUUUUUCCCCCAUUAUUCUAUCAUUUUUAUAAGUUAUUUGUUAAAGGGGCCAUGGCUAGCUUGGAAGGGAGGUUUGUUUUGCUUUCCUCUGCCCCCCUGUUUUAUAUUUUAGAAUGUCAUCUUCCCAAUCUCUGGUAGGAGUUGCUAGUCAGUAAGCAUCAACUUUGAAAAUGGGGUUCAUCUUUGAUACAGAUUUCUUGUUUAGCUAAUUUUCUUCUCCUUGUUUAAUCUAGCCUUUUUGUCCCCUAAAAUGAGUCUUUAGAAAUGAAUACAGUAUUGCUGCAAGGUGGUGCAAUAGCACUACAUCUUGGGUUGCCUGAAUUGAUAGACAAAAUUUAUAUUUUUUUAAUUUAUUUUUUGACCAUAAUGUUUAACUAGAAAAUAAAAAAAAAAGAAAAUCAAAGGUAGGUAGAGGCUGCCUUUACUUCUACGGGAGUGAGAAUAAGGAUUUUUUCUUUAGUCUGAUAAAGUUUUAAACUUAAAAAAAUCUAGAACAGUCUAUAUGCGUAACUUGUUGGCUCUGCCACUGAGAUAUAUAUAUGAAAGUGUGAAUUUUGUUUCCCCCCCCCGCCCCUCUACUGACUUCCCCCUUCACCAGCUGCCCCUUGAAUCAGGAUCACUAACUUUAUUAAAAAAGGCACAAUAACCUGUUGUAUGGUACAGUGAUCUGAUUCUGUCUGUGGGGAGGAAAAAGAAAAUAAUUUUUGUGAAUUUCAGGUGCAUACUUUUGGAAUAAAACCUCUGGCAUUUUCUUCACUUUAAAAAUUAUUUCCCCAUACAAGCUAGAGGACCUACGCAUUCUGCAGAAUCCUUGAAAGAUUAUAGUAUACUAAAUAUUUUCUUCACCAUUUAAUACCACUAUUGAAUGCAUUAAACAUAUGCUUAUACUACACCAUAUGCAUUAAUUUAGCAGUCAUUGCAUUGAAACUUAAGUAUUUGGAGCUAUACUUUCCUGGUCAUACUGCUGAAUUGAAAAACGUGCAAGAACAGACAUGCUAAAUUUCUUGCCCAUGCCUUUAUAAAUUUCAGUUUGUUCACUCAUACAUGUUGGUUCUUUUGUGUUUUUUUUUUUGUUUGUUUGUUUUUUUAAACUUUGGUUCAGCUAUCCAGUUUUUGGAUUGCCUUCCUUGCUGUGUUCUUCAUCUGCAAACUUAAAUCGGGUGAAGUUUGUCAUUUCCCUUCUUCCCCCAUAAAGCUUCCACAAAAGGAACACUGUAAAGUGGCUGAGGCCUAGGAUGGGAGUACCAUGUAGCACUUUGUUUCUAAAUUAAAAAUUAUGCUAAGCUCAAAAUAUUUUACAUCAGUAGUAACUAGAUGCAAAUACUUAUUUUUACAGGUUUCAUUAAUCAGAACCUCACAGUAUUUUUUCAUACUGAUGUGAUUGGCCAUCCAAGAGAAGGAAUCCAGUAAAAUUACUUCCAAAACAUUAGAUACUUAGAAUUUCUUAUAAUAAAGAUUAAUGUUAAAGGAACACAGUAACAUUUAGUUAUGGACAGUUUAGAAGUACUCAGAGUAACCACAAAAACUGUUGACUUCUGCUUCAUGAAAAUUAGGGGAGCAAAAUGUCCUUCACAAAUAAAAGCAAAAUUAUUGAGGAUAUUUUGGGGACCUUCAGAAGUAUAUACACUAGGAAUAAAAGCUAACUGACUAUGAUCCUUAUAGAGUAGAAAUAUGACUAUUUAUUCAGCACAACAGUUUAGGGGUUCUAAAGGUAUGCUUUUUAUGCAAUUAAAUUGUGGACAAAAAUUUUGAAAAUGAGACUUUGAAAUAAAACUUUUUUUGAGCAUCUGAAAUGAUUGACGUUAUUGAUAACAUGGUUUGGUUUACCAGUGAGAAGGGUAAACGACACCUUGCAUUUGGAAAUAGAAAAAUAAAGUUGCACAAUUUCCUUUGUUUAUUUUUUUUUCUUUAAGCCAGUGUUACAAACAACUGAAAGUGAUUUCAUUCUUUGAUCUACUUGAAGGAUAUAGCACUUAUCCUGCUGUUGACAUAGUGAAUGCCAUCGUUUCAUCAAAAUAUUUCUGUGCCAGAAGGAUCAGAAAUACAAUUGUUAAUUAAACUCUUUGUUCUCAGAUGAGCUGAUUUUGCAUUUUGUUAAAGUAAAUUUCUUUCUGUGAGUAUUGACUGCUGGGCUAAGUGAAAUUUUUGCAAAUUUUGAUUUUAUACAUUUCAUCUAUGUGAAUACUGGAAUUAGAAAUUUGAAACAGCAUACCAGCAAUACAUGGGCUAUGAUGCUGAUGAGAGGUAUUUCUCUGUAACUGAGCUUUCAGAUUCUGAACUAAGCUAUGAAUAAAUUAAUGAUUGCCAAUUUAAUUUCUUAGAAGCUUUUUAUGACUGCAAAGCAUGAAAAUUACAAGCAUUCUUUAUAAAUUUAAAAAUGGGCUAGAUGGUAGAUCAUAAUAUUGGAAAUACGGCGUUGUAUCUGGUAAGUGUUCUAAAUUCUACACAGAUAAUGAAAAAAUCUUAAAGAAUUUUUUAUAGAUACCUGUUGGGUUAAAGAAUUUUUAUAGUGAUGAUGGAGUGCCAUGAAGUUAAUACUUGCAAUCCAGAUUGCUGUAGUUUACACUUUUCUCUGUUUCAGACCAGGUGUGCACUAUUUGUACUAAGCACACCACAGAGUGAAUUAUCCAAAGUCCAUUGAUUUUAAUGUGUUUUGGUUUGUAAACAAAAUUAUAGUAAUUUCUUGCACAUUUUUGAAAAAUAAUUGUAUAAGGAUUUAUGUAUCUGCUUCUGGAUACAGUGUGUAAAUAAAAAUUUCAUUCACAAAAA